AUGUACCAGUUCAGGCUGAUUGAGCGGCAGCUUGGCAGCACCAAAUACGGGUCCUACGCAGCCAGCGUCACAGGCCUGUCCUACAUUCUGCAGCUCGCCGCCGCCCGCCUGCUGCGCCUCCACGCCGCCGCGCCGCUGCUGCCCGUCCCCGUCCCCCUCGUCCUCGCGUCGUUCGUGCCCUUCGCCCUGGACGUCCCCGCCACCAGCAGCUUCUCGAUGCUGGGCGUCACAUGCAGCGAAAAGGCCUUCGUGUACCUGUCGGGCCUGCAGCUGCUGCUGGCGGUGGGGCGGCGGGGGCUGCUUGCUAGCGCGCUGUGCGUCGCGGCGGGCGUGCUGCAUCGGGCGAACUUCCUCGGACUGAGGAAGCUGCAGCUGCCGCAGCCGCUGGUGCGUGCGCUGUCGCAGGCUUUUGGCCCUCUGCUUGGCGACGGGACCGGCGGCGCAGUGGUGAUGCUGCCCAGCGCAGCUGCGGCGCGGCAGCACGGCGCCGGCUUUGCACGCGGCCCCGACCUCGGGCGCGGAGGCGCGCGGCGCGCCCCGCAGGCGCCCGCAGGGCCGCCGCCGGAGCCGUCGCCCGAGGCGCUGGCGAUGCUGGUCGGUAUGGGCUUUGAGCAGUCGCGCGCAGCGGCGGCGCUGCAGCGGACGCACAAUGACGUGCAGGCGGCGAUUGCACAGCUCGUCGGCUGA